AUGAUGAAAUCAUCAUUGGCAAUCAUGUUUCAGUUGUUCUCUGUCGUUCUGAUGGCUAACAUGGGCCAAAUGAAAUUAGCAGAAGCCAGCGUUAACAGGAUGCUCUCGCAAGCUGCUGAUCAGAACGGCAUUGUUCUUCCUUGCCCGCCCGGCUGUCCGCACAAUCAUACUCAUCCUAAUUGCUGUGACUGUGAUACGACCAAAGGUUCCUGCAACGAGUGUUGCAAAACCAGCACUCCAUUGAUUGUAAGGCGCAACAAACGUCCUUUAUUCCCAGAUGCUGAUCAGAACGGCAUUGUUCUUCCUUGCCCGCCCGGCUGUCCGCACAAUCUUACUCAUCCUAAUUGCUGCGACUGUGAUUUCACCAAAGGUUCCUGCAAGAGGUGUUGCUAAAUUUAAUUCCCUUGAAUUAAUCCUGGCUGCUGUUGCAAUUACGCUUCCCCAAUUAUCAAAGUGCCUAGCUUGUUCUGCUCAGCUCCAAUAGUCAAGUCUGGCCGCUUGUUUUCUAAAUUUGGGUUUCGUUUUGUUUAUGCCUUGUGCCCUCUAAUGUACUAUCAUCAUUAUGUUGUUUUUGUUAUCAACGAAUAAUCUCUAUAUCUACAAGCAAUUUGCAGAUUAAUUUCUCAUCAAAUAAUGCAAUUUAAUUUUCACUUGUA